AUGGCUGCCGUUGACCUCGUCCUUCGCCGUUCCACCCGAAUAGCACAACACCCUCAUCAUCAUCAUCACCACCACUAUACAACUAAACGACAUCCUCUGAAUAAAUUAGAAGAACCACAUACUUCUACUACCAGCGAGAAUGACGAGCUCACUCCACGUGCACUCAGAGCACUCAAACGUCAGCGUCUAGCGCUCGACACGGACGGUCUUCUACUCCCUCAUAUUGAGACUAAUCAUAGGAGAAAGAGACGUAAAGAGAAUGAUAAUACGAAUAUCGCUCAUGGUAACGUCGGCGAGGUGCGUCGACGCAUCCGCCAAGUACGAGUUAGAACCCGUGCUCAAAACGUGCCAAAGCCACGCCACAUCCCACCUCUAGCACCAACAAUCAUCGAUCUACCUAUACAACCAGUUACGACUCAAGAAUCCCUUCGGAAUGUCCUUGCGGAUCAACCAAGUAUUUUAGCGCCCAAGGAUCAUGACGAGCCUGCAUCAGCGGAGCCCAAGUUGACGACGGAGAACAAGUCGGAGGAGGAGUCAAUACCAACGACAGAGUCAAAAGUGAUGACGGAGACAAAACAAACGCCGUCGUCGACGCCACUUGAUCUUGACUCUUUAAUCCCAUUAGAUCCUUUACCCGAAUUUCCUCCAAGUGACCCAGCUUAUACCAACUCUUCAGACUUUGCGUCAAAUCCCACAUUUCCCCCACCCACAGAUUUAAACCCCUUCUCUUCAAAUACAAUCCCCUUCCCAUCAUCUCAGCCCGGUCCUUUCGGGUCAAAUUCAUUCCCAACCUCCUUUUCCAGUGGCUUCUCUAACCAGUUCAUUCCCCAACCCGAUUUUUCUCCCUCUCAAGACAGUGCUUUUUCAAAUCCAGCCUUCCCCACCCAAGAGUAUACCAAUGGAUACAACCAGUCCAAUGGAUACCCCCAACAACCCACUUUCUCCCAAUCAAACUCAUUCGACUACACACCCGCACCGCACCGCGAUCGAGAAAUCAACAUCUGGAAAUUAGCAUGUCAAGAACGAGUAGAAUUUCUACUCCGUCGCUACGGCAUAGAGACAAUCAAAGCCCUCGUCGCAUCCGAAGCACGUACCCCUUUCCCCUCCCCAUCCACCCACUCCUCCAACACCCGUUUCCGUCUCUACACACCUGCUUCCUACCUCGAACAUGCAAGCUACACCUACAAGUCAACUGCAUUUGAAGCUAUUGAUUUUGAUAUGGACGACGAAGAGGAUGAAGAUGAAGAUUUGGAUGAAUGCGACCUUUCCGGUGACUAUGAUGAUGAUUAUGAUGAUGACGAAGAGGAUGCGGAGGCCGAGGACGGCUUGUUUUCGAUGGAUGUGGAAGGUACCAAGACAAUUCCGGCGCCUUGUGUCCCGGCGAUUGUGACCCCUACGGUCCCGACGGUUCCGUCGAUUUUGCCGCCGAUAACGCCUACACCGCAGAAACAGGCUACAUCACCUCCCAGAUCUACAUCGCCGCCCGGGCGGUCUUUAUUAGAUACGAUCCCAACUCCGCGCCCUUUGUGUGGGUCUCCGCCAUGUUCGCCUCCACGUCGAACGCCCUCUCCUCCUUCUACUCCUCAGCGUCUUUCUACCCCUCCCUUAGCAUCAACGCCCACACAAACCUCUUGCUCAACCCCAGCAUCUCCCUCCACAUCAACUCCUCCACCAUCACAUCCAACGCCCACACCCCAAACACCACCUCCAAUACACUCACCCCAAACACCACCUCAAAUACACCUACCCACCCUCCCACGCACUCCACCUCUCUCCUCUCUCCAUGUAACCCUUCUCUCAGAGCCUCCUCGCGCAUUCAUGGGGCGCGGCACUCCUCCUGACAGGAGACGACUGAGCGAGUGGGGCAGGUGGGGGUGUGUGCAAGUAUAUGGGAAGGGCGGCGAGAGGAGACGGUUGAGUUUGGGACAUGGGGGAGAUCAUAUGCAUUUGCAGCCUAUACAGUGCGCAGAGAGCUUGGGUAUGGGCAUGGGGCAACUGCGUAAAGAGGACAUGGCGAGGCACGAGAACCCACAACCACUACAACUCACCGAGCACCAACCCCUGCAGCAACACGAAGACUCACAUCCGCAUCCCAACCCCCACGAAGACCCACCUCAUACACAUGCCCACGCUCACGCUGUACCAGGUGAAUGGACAAGUUUCCUAUUCGCCAUGCUUGAAGGGGACAGGACGGGGAGCGCGGGGUGGUAUGAACUUGGUGCGCAGGGAAGUGGUGAGGGCAUGGGUGCUGAUGGCGUGCCGCAGAGUAUGAAUCUGGGCGUGUUAGGAGGGACACAAGGUAUGGUGGGGAGUUUAGGAGGGGCGCAGACUGGAUUAGACGGGACGCAGGGUCUCGGUAUGGGGGCACAGAAUCUAGGCAUGAGCGCAGGCGGGCAAGGACUAGGAAUGGGCUCGAUGACACAGCCUGUUUCCAUUGGAGAAGCGGAUAGCACGCUGAGGUUUGCGCUUGGGUGA